GUUUGAAAAUUUUUGUGGGAACAUUUGAGGAAGUACGUUAUGAUAUCACAACUUAGUAGUUAGUACUUCCAUUAUUGAGUCUAAUAGUAUGAAAAUUAGACAGCACUUACUUGUGUUUUCCUCUUCCUUUACUUUUAUGUCUUUUCUUUAUAUUUUUCACUUUCAACAUUGAAGGAUGCAUUAUAUAUUAUUAUACUAAUGGCUUUUCUAGUUUCUAGUGAAUGUGAACGGUGUAUCACCGUGCUUGAAGAAUCCGUUCCCUCUCUUCUUCAUUGUUUGGAGAUUGUGGAUGCUCAUUUAGCAGUCAAAGGAGGUUGCUUUUCAUGGGAAGUAGAAGAGGGAGUGAAAUGUGCUUGUUAAGAAUUUCUGAAGAGAUAAGGCAGCAGAAAAAUGACUUUGCACGACACAGUUUUAAGUUCUUGUCCGCUUACAUUUGGGUUUAUAAAGUGGUCCAAUACUUAAAGUUGGCAUUUCUGGUGGUGUCCACUACCUUCAUCUUUUCUCACCAUUUUUAGUCCAUAUCAUGAUAUUGAUAUAUGCAUGUCCUAUUUUGUGCCCUAAUAAUAAAAGCAUUUUUCCAUGGUAAUGAUCUGCAGGGAAAUUGAUGAAGCCCUGAGACUAGUGUAUAUGCAUUAAUAGAUGCUUUUCAACAAAUGAUCUCCAGUGUCUGCAAACUAUUUUGAAUCAGAAAUUUUGAUUUAUAUGACUCCAAAUUAGAAGAUCUUUCUUCAUUCUAACUUCCCUUCUGCUGUCAUGUCUCGUAGAGGGUCCUUGCAGAAACAUUCUGGCAAGUUUGCAGGAUGAUUACAGACUGAAUUGCCCGUAUGAAGGAAAAGUCUGAUCUACAUUUCUUUCUCCGGUAGAUUGUGUUGACAAGUUGUAUUGAUUUUGAUUUUGGUCCAUCAACACUUGAAUUGUCUUCCUGUGAUUGUACAAUUUUUUGUGAUGAUGUUGGUUCUCUUGUGGUUAAUGACUGAAUUCAUUGGAUUAAGUUUGUCCAUGUGGAACGUGGGUCUGUAUCAUGAGCAAUGGCAACAUUUUUUUUUUUACAUUCAGUUCCUGGCAGCAGAUUGGGAUGAAAAGUCCAUUCAAUCAUUUUCUUAGCCUGCUGUCAAAAAGACAAAAGGCGGAUAGAGAGGAACCCUAUGCUAGGUUUGAUUAAUUGUAUUGUUCCAAUAAUUCCAGUAGUAGCAUUUGAUCACUUUUCCCUCUGCUUUAAGGAAUUUUUAUAUUUAUCCUAGAUGAUUAAGGACUAGAUUUUUGUAUAUAUGUUUAGUUAAAUAUUAGGAAGAUAGGUGGAUCAUUCAGGUCGCAUAACACCAGGUCUAAUCAGCUACCCACUGCUUUAACUUCUGGCAGAUCUAGAUGAUAAUCAAGAUUGCCUCACUCUCUUUCAAAGAGGAAAGAUGCAAGUUUACCCAACACUUUCCCACCUCCAAAACACACACACACACACACACACGGUUUUUCUAUGUGUGUGUGUGUGUGUGUGUGUGUGUGUGUGUGUGGUGUGGUUUAAUUUUGAAAUUCAGGGUACAAGAAGACAGACGGAAAGGAGGCGCAACGGCCAAAGGUGGUGUGGGGAUUGGCUGCUCCAUUAACUCUUCUUCAAAGGACCACCAAAGCAAGUGUCAUGUCAAGCUUCUUUUGAGCUUUGUGCAUAUGAAUUGGUUUAUCUUAUUCUAGUGUAUGCUCCUCAACCAACCUCAGUGGAUUGGGGUAAUGACAGAUGACUGUCCUCUUGUGCCUGUAGAUAACUUUAGAUAGCCCAACCACCAUGUGCUCAAAUUUCCAAAGUGGAAAUUAGGCCCCCUUUUGCGUGUUAGGUUUGUAAAAAUGCUCCAUAUUUCAUCAUUUUGUUUUUGCAGAGAAAUAGCCUAUUUCCUUGAUG